UUGUACCUGACGCCAUUAGCAGCAUCCCAUCAAUUCUCCCUCAUCUUUGUCUUCCCACAAACUUGAAAAAAGAGCUGCGAUUUUCGUUUCCUAUUGCAAAAUUUUGAAAUAAUGGCCAGGAAUCUGAUGCGUGCCGCUCAGUACAGUAAAUAUGGCGGAGGAGUCGCCGAUUUGAAGGUUGUUGAAGUGCCUGUUCCCACCCCAGGAAAAGACGAAGUUUUGAUCAAAGUAGAGGCAGCUAGUAUUAACCCCAUCGACUGGAGAUUACAGAGUGGAUAUGCGCGGCCAUUUUUACCUCGCAAAUUCCCCCACGUUCCUGGUAUCGAUGCUGCUGGAGAAAUCGUGCAGGUUGGAUCAGAGGUCAAGAGUUUCAAAGCUGGGGAUAAAGUUGUCACCGCACUUGGUAACGGAGGUGCACUAGCUGAAUACGCUGUGGCUAAGGAGGUUUCCACAGCUUCAAGGCCUCCAGAGGUAUCUGCUGCUGAAGCUGCAGCUUUGCCGAUCGCUGGCCUCGCAGCUCACCAGUCACUCACCCAAAAUGCAGGGCUCAAACUCGACGGAACCGACCCGAAAAUAAAUCUCCUGGUUACCGCUGCUUCAGGUGGUGUAGGUACAUAUGUAGUCCAAUUAGCAAAGCUUGCAAAUGCACACGUGACCGCCACCUGCGGGGCUCGUAACAUGGGUUUAAUCAAGAGUCUGGGAGCCGAUGAGGUUAUCGACUACAAGACCCCCGAUGGGAAAGUAGCAAAGAGCCCUUCCGGUCUCAAAUACGACACGGUCAUCCACUGUACGACCAGCACUCCUUGGUCUACCUUCCAGGCUAGCUUGACUCCCAAUGCGAAAGUAGUGGACACCACUCCUGGUUUGGGUAUCAUGAUGAGUAUUGCUCUGAAAAAGCUCACUUUCUCGAAGCAGCAGAUCUCAACCGUGUUUACCGCACCUAAGAAAGAGAACCUCGAGUUCCUUGUCAAGUUGGUGAAAGAAGGGAAGCUUAAGCCAGUCAUCGAUUCCAAGUAUCCUCUGAGUAACGUUGGAGAGGCUUGGGCCAAGAGCAUGGAUGGUCAUGCCACUGGCAAGAUUAUUGUUGAGCCCUAAUUUUAUGAAGAAUACUUGAUACGUACACUAGUUUUAUACUCUUUACGAGUCAUUUGUAUAAUUAAAAGUACUCCAGUAUUUGGAACCAUACAAAUGUUGGUCCGUGAGUUUUAUUAUUUUAAUCUUCCUCGUUUUUUGCUGGUAAUUUAAAUAAUUUGUG